ACGCUAUUUUGUGGUUCUUGGAGGGGCAUUCUUCAGCGCAUGCACACGCUCACCAGCUCCUUCUGCCCCUCACCCUACUGAAAAUUGCCGCUAUAUCGCGCUUGCCUGACCUCUGGAGUUGAUUUUGACUCACCAAUAAUACCUCCGAUUCCGCGUAGACCUCGUCAAGGUGACUUCUCUUGAAUACUAUUUGAGCAUCGAUCGCAAAACUCUUGGAAACCUUAGACCUUGACCAGAAAAAAACUUUGUAUAUACUAACUGUACCAUUAAUAUCUACAAUCCUGAGGUAUCUACAUACUAGAACUGAUACGAUCUACCGGUUUGCGCCUCACCCAUUCUAUACCUCCUCAUAAUGCCCACAGUCCACCUCCUCGACUACGUCGCAGGCAACGUGCGGUCCCUUGCCAACGCGAUCGAAAAAUGCGGAUAUACCGUCGAAUGGGUCCGGAGCCCCGAAGAGGUCGCGCGCGCUGAGAAGCUGAUACUACCGGGCGUCGGUCACUUUGGCCACUGUAUGAGCCAGCUUGCCUCCGCCGGCUACCUGCCCACUGUGCGCGCCCACAUCGACGCCGGCAAGCCAUUUAUGGGGAUCUGCGUCGGAAUGCAAGCGAUAUUUGGGUCCUCCACGGAGGACCCGAACACGGCGGGCCUGGGUCUGAUAAAGGGUGGUCUGAACCGGUUUGACGAUACGCAAAAGUCGGUCCCGCAUAUCGGUUGGAAUAGCGCCAAUGCCUCUAGCAAGAGUCUAUACGACCUUCGGCCCGAGAGCAAGUACUACUACGUCCAUUCAUAUAAAUACCCGUACGUCAAGGACGAGCUAGAGAACUUGGGAUGGACUGUCGCGACAGGCACAUACGGCGGGGAGGUGUUUGUGGGUGCGGUAGCCAAGGGGAACGUAUUGGUGACGCAGUUCCACCCGGAAAAGAGCGGCGUAGCAGGUCUACGAGUGUUAAAGUCAUUUUUAACAGGCGAGGGCGCAAAAACGUUAGGGCAAAAUACAUCCGGGCCAGCACCGACAGGGGGCCUGACGAGGCGCAUCAUCGCAUGUCUCGACGUGCGGACCAAUGACCAGGGAGACCUCGUGGUAACGAAGGGCGACCAAUACGAUGUACGAGAAAAGAGCAGUAACCGCGACGUGCGGAACCUGGGAAAGCCCGUUGAGCUGGCGCGGAAGUACUACGAGCAGGGCGCCGACGAAGUGACCUUCCUCAACAUCACCAGCUUCCGGGACUGUCCAUUAGCCGAUCUGCCCAUGCUCGAGAUCCUACGCCGAACAUCCGAGACCGUCUUCGUGCCCCUGACCAUCGGCGGCGGCAUCCGCGACACAGUCGACACGGACGGGACCAAGGUGAGCGCCCUCGAGAUCGCGACCAUGUACUUCAAGAGCGGCGCCGACAAGGUCUCGAUCGGCUCCGACGCCGUGCUCGCCGCCGAGGAGUACUACGCCGUCGGCCGCAAGCUCUUCGGCAACACCGCCAUCGAGCAGAUCUCCAAGGCCUACGGCAACCAAGCCGUCGUCAUCAGCGUCGACCCCAAGCGCGUCUACGUGCCCAUGGCCGACGCCACCCGCCACAACACCAUCAAAACCAGCUUCCCGGGCCCCAAGGGCGAAGACCACUGCUGGUACGCCUGCACCAUCAAGGGGGGGCGCGAGACCCGGGACCUCGACGUCGUCGAGCUCGUCCAGGCCGUCGAGGCCAUGGGCGCCGGCGAGAUCCUGCUCAACUGCAUCGACCGCGACGGCACCAACAGCGGCUUCGACCUCGAGCUCAUCAACCAGGUAAAAUCCUCCAUCCGCAUCCCCGUCGUCGCCUCCAGCGGCGCCGGCAACCCCGGACAUUUUGAGGAGGUCUUCGAGAAGACCCGGACGGAUGCUGCCUUGGGGGCCGGCAUCUUCCAUAGGGGCGAGUACACCGUUACGCAAGUCAAGGAUUACCUGGCACAAAAGGGGCUAGAAGUGCGGAUGUUCGAGGGCGAUUUAUAAUGACUUGGAUAAAUAUUACGUGAAGAGGGAGGAGAGGUGUGGGAUCUAGAGCACCUUGUGUCAUUAUCUACAGUACGAAAGGCGUUCCUGGGUUUUAGACGAGAGGCAACAUAAAAAAAGGGAGGG